GGACAGGGCAGGGUGGGGGCCGGGACUCGGGAGUCUCUGCGCCCGGCGGGCUGCAGGGCGCCUCCUGCGGACAGACCCCGCUCUGCGCGGCGCUGCUGGGCCGCCGGCUGGGAGCGCCAGGUACCGGCCCGAAGGACUUUUGUCUGGCUCCCCACACAUCCUGGGAUAUUUACACAAAGAAACCAGUGAGACUCACAAGCAUGUUGGUUUAUUCCCAAACCUCAGAAUCCAUCAUACUGUAACAGUAUGAAAGAAGAACAAAAAAAAAUGACCAACCACAUCAAAGAAGAUCUUGUCUGGCUUAUACAUUUGCUGGGCUGAGGGCUAAGGUGAAGCAAGAGAAGAAGGAAUCCUCCCCUGGGCCGUGAAGCUGCUCUGGACCCAUUCCACAAGUGCUUCAGCAGCACUGGGACUCAGUAACUGGUGUCAAAGCUGCUGGGUCAAUUUUGUAUCCUCCAUUUCAGAGGAGAUGACUUGAGCCCUCCGGUGAGGUCCAGUUUGCACCAGCCAGCAAUGCAAAAAGCAAAAAGAAGCAGAAUCUACAGUUGAACAGAGAGCAGACUCAAUGGGCUAUGUGAAUAUAGAUGCGUUUGAAGGCGUCUACACAUCCCACUCUAAGACAGAAUCAUGAAUAAACUGGCAGACAAGCAAGACCAGAGGAUACCAUGAAGAGAAGUUUACAGGUCCUCUAUUGCCAACUGUUUCGUGUUCUACUGAUCUUGGCACUGACAGAAGAGCUGGUGUUUGCUGUUCAGAUACUGCCUCCAAGUGUAUCGUCUCGGGGCCUCCUGACAGACACUACCGCUAUCACAGCCAUGGGGAUAACACCUCGACACAAAGGCCAUCACACGACAGGACCCGUUCCCACAACUAGUCAUUCAACUCGCCCAAUGGAGAUACCUGCCCCUACCAUUGACCAGAAGCAAGCAACCAGCAGCCAUCACGCUGCCAAAAUGGAAACAUAUCAUUUAUACAACCAGAGUGCUUUGUAUUCAGGACAGACUCGCCCAAAGGGGAAAAUAUUUCAGAUUUUCAAAGGCAGCUUCACAGAAUCUACAGAGCCUUACCUAAAGACAGCACUGCACUCUCCCUUUCCUACUUUGAGGCGCCCAUUCACUACCCAUCCAUUUCAGCCCCAGAUUGCAGCCUCCAAUGAUCCCAAUAGUACCAGGCCAGCAACGACGACAGACGCAAGCUCUUCUCUUCACAGCAACACCUUGGAAGGCCUUAAAAAAGCAGAGCAGGUAAAUGGAACAUGGCUAGUUAUGCAGAGAGCAGAUCUUACCCCCCCAACAGCUGGCCCAUCGACUGAUCCCAAAACAGUGUCGGUGCCUUUUAAAUCCACACACUAUGAUAUAUGGGAUAUCCUGAGCAAAAAUAACUCUUGGGUAACCUUGAGUCCAGGUACAAAUGUACCUUUGUUUGCCAGCCCUGGAACUGCAACAGCAGCAGGUCAUUCAGUUCAGAGCAGCUUUGAUGUCAACAUUUCAUCACCUACAAUGGGAAACCCUAAAGGAACCUCCAUGACGCAGCACACCAUGGUGAAUAAUGCUGCUUUAUCCAACCAGGCUCUCUCCACAGCACCCACCACAAGGUUGGCUGGCUCCAUUUCAACAGCUGGCUCCACAGCAACGGGAAACUUUCUAAACAGACUGGUGCCUGCUGGAACCUGGAAGCCUGGCAUGCCCGGGAAUAUUUCCCAUGUCACUGAGGGGGAUAAACCCCAGCACAGAGCAACCAUUUGUCUCACCAAGGUGGACAUUGCCUGGAUCAUUCUGGCUAUCAGUGUACCUAUAUCUUCAUGUUUUCUGCUGACAGUCUGCUGCAUGAGGAGGAAGAAAAAGACAUCUAACCCAGAAAACAACCUGAGCUAUUGGAACAAUGCUAUCACCAUGGACUACUUCAACAGGCAUGCUGUAGAGUUACCAAGAGAGAUCCAGUCCCUUGAAACUUCAGAGGACCAUCUGUCUGAGCCACGCUCCCCAGCCAAUGGUGAUUACAGAGACAGUGGGAUGGUCCUUGUUAACCCAUUCUGUCAAGAAACACUAUUUGUAGGACAUGAGCAAGUGUCUGAAAUAUGACCCCACAUCUGUCCUUGUAUUGCCGUUCCAUCUUUAGUGUCUCCAAAUUAUAAAUACAUAUAUAUAUUAUAAAUAUAAUCUUUGUGUAACCCUGAAUUAUGAGAAAUGUUUUCAGCUUUUUUCCCCCCUAAGAAUUGUCAACCUCUUUUUUAUAAGUGUGGUAAAACUUUACAGAGCAAACUGUGGCUUUAUAAAAUAAAGGUAUUUCUAAGCAAAACAUCUAUUGAA